AUGUAAUCUAAUCCUAAAAUUACUUCUAAUAAUCCCUUUUAUACAGGUACUUAUCCAUAAACCAUUCUUAUAAAGGAUAGAUAACAAUCUACUAAGAUUAGAUACGACAGGUAAUCACAAGCAAUCAUUAGAGGUAAAGGCAAACAUGCAGUCACUUUUAAACCUGAUAUUCAUAAAAUCUAUACAGUUGAAAAUUGGAAAAUAUUUAACAUUGACAACGAUAACCAACCCAAUUAAAACAAAUUUUGCUUUAUACUUUGA